UAAUUAACUCGACUUGGGCUGGAGGCAAAAGCUUGGAGUAGCAUACAAGCCGAAACCGCCAUUUGUGCAUCGGGCACUUUUCUAUUCCUUUUUCUCUUUAGCUCCCUCCUUUGAAACACUAAAACGAAGCUCUCUCCUCUAAUCUCUGCAGCUCAAUCUCAAUGUCGAUAUUCGAGUACAAUGGGAGUGCCCUAAUAGCGAUGGUAGGGAAGAAUUGCUUCGCUAUAGCGAGUGAUCGGCGACUCGGUGUCCAGCUCCAAACUAUUGCCACCGAUUUCCAGCGAAUCUACAAAUUCCACGAUAGGCUCUUCAUGGGUCUCUCUGGCCUAGCUACUGACGCUCAAACUCUGUAUCAGAGGCUUGUUUUCCGUCACAAAUUGUAUCAGCUGCGAGAAGAGAGGGACAUGAAGCCUGAGACAUUUGCUAGCCUCGUCUCUGCUCUCCUUUAUGAGAAAAGGUUUGGUCCAUACUUCUGCCAACCUGUAAUUGCUGGAUUGAGUGAUGAGAACAAGCCUUUCAUUUGCACAAUGGACUCAAUUGGUGCCAAGGAACUUGCGAAAGAUUUUGUUGUUGCUGGCACAGCCUCAGAGUCGCUUUAUGGUGCUUGUGAAGCAGUGUUCAAGCCUGACAUGGAACCUGAAGAAUUAUUUGAAACUGUGUCUCAAGCGUUGCUAUCAUCAGUAGAUCGGGACUGUUUGAGUGGUUGGGGUGGACAUAUCUAUGUUGUCACACCCACUGAAAUUAAAGAAAGAAUCUUAAAGGGAAGAAUGGAUUGACAAUUGUUCAUUACGCUGAAGACCAAAGUCCUUCCAUACAAAGAUUAGGCCACCUGUUUUGGAAUAUUUUCGACCCAUAGACACAUAUUUGAAAGAGACCUGGUUUAUUCAAUGAAUGCUGUUACUGUAUAACUUGGUGAUAUUACUGUUUAUAAGAUUUGUGACUUGAAGCUAUUAUAAAUUUACGCUUUUAAAAUGCAGCUUCUAGUUCCAAGCUUGAUUUUUGUUA